AUGCCUGGAAUUAAACGCAAAUCGACGGUGCCGAGUGCUGCAGAGGGUAAAUCGGGGAGUAAGAAGGCCAAGGUUGAGAAGGUUGGGUCUAAGGGUGAUAAAGCCGUGGUGAAAGGCGACAAAUCUUCGUCCAAACAAGAUAAAUCCUCGUCGAAGCGCAACUCGAAGCUUGAGGUCAAGCCAGUGAAAAAAUCGAAAAAAUCCAAGCAGGAGAGCUCUGACGAUCUGGCCGAGUCGGACACAAGCGAAGACGAGAAUGGCUUCGAUGGAUUCUCUGCCGCCCAGGAUGAGGAUGUGGACAUGAGCGAUGCGGAAAGCAGUGAAGACGUCGACAUGGACGCCCCCCAAGAAAGUGGGAAAAUGCAGAAAGAGCACAAGGCCAACGGCGACGCCUCAGAGUCGAAACUGGCCAGUUUGAAUUCCAACAACUCACGAGAAGCACACGCAAAGCAGAAGGCUCUUGUUAAGGAGAGGAAAGCAGCGAAGCCAAAUGCCGACGUUAUCGAGCGCUCGAAGAAGCUGUGGGAGAAACUCAGGCUCAAGUCACACAUUGAGAAGGAGGAAAGGAAAGAACUUGUCAAGGAGCUAUUCGAGAUCAUAACGGGCAGAGUGAAGGACUUUGUGUUUAAGCACGACUCCACCCGUGUGAUCCAGACAGCAAUCAAGUACUCGACCAUGGAACAGAGGCGCAUGAUUGCACGAGAGCUUAAGGGCGAUCUGCGGACGUUGGCUGAGGGAAAAUACUCAAAGUUCCUCAUUGCGAAGCUCAUCGAGAAGGGCGACCCCGAGAUUCGUGACCUUGUCAUCUCCGAAUUCUACGGCCACGUCAAGCGCAUGAUCAACCACCCAGAAGCCGCGUGGAUCCUCGACGAUAUAUACCGGCAAGUUGCGACUCAGGACCAAAAGAACCGCCUUCUUCGCGAGUGGUACGGACCAGAAUUCUCCAUCAAGGGACUCACAACACAAGGGACGGAGAGUGCAGUGUUGUCCGACAUCCUGAGCGAGUCACCUGAGAAGAGGAAACCAAUCCUAGGCUAUCUCGAGGGCCAGAUCAACUCUCUCAUCCAGAAGAAGCUUACCGGCUUCACCAUGCUGCACGACGCUAUGUUGCAGUACUUCCUGGUUUGCGAGCCAGGUACCGAACAGGCCAGCGACUUCCUCGAACACCUUAAGCCUGACCCUACUCUGAAGGAGGGUGAAGAGGCCGACAACGUGGAUCUGUUGAAAAACUUGGCCUUUACAAAAUCCGGAUCGCGGUUGAUGUCGUUAUGCUUCGCUUAUGGCACGGCCAAGGAUCGCAAGCUCUUUUUGCGACCAUACAAGGACACAAUCGAGAUGAUGGCUUUUGAUCAGCAUGCUCAUCAUGUUCUUCUCGCUGCCAUGGCAGUGACUGACGAUACCAAGCUCACAUCCAAGUCAAUCUUUGGCGAACUUCUACCAAGUAACGACACUUUAGCGGAGAAGGUCUUGAACCUCUGCAACGAUGCUCGUGCCCGCACAGUUUUGCUAUACCCAUUUGCAGCCGAUGCCAAGUGGUUCUUAGACGACAAUGCGCGGGAAAGGCUAACAGAGCUGUACGCUAUCCGUGAGAAAACGUCGAAGAAGGACCCAAAUGCCCGUCUCCAGGAGAUCGCCAAGAAUAUCGAACCUCAGCUGCUAAGUGCCAUCACAGCCCGGGCUGCUGACUUUGCAUCAUUCACAUUUGGCCUGCAAUUCAUGGGUGAAGUCCUUGUUGGGGCGCCCGAGGUCGAGCCGGCCAAGCGCAAGGAAGCGUUGACCGAGAUCGCACGUCUGUCACAAUCGAUACUCGAUUCUGCACUGCCUGCGUCGGCUGGCGACAAUAAGGCGACGAGCCAUGGAAAGAAUAUGCUCAAGACUCUGGUACAGGGUGGCAAGUUCGACCCCGCAACCAAGAAAGUGGUACCUGUCACUCCGGCGCUUGGGUUUGCAGACCUCCUGUGGAACGAGAUCAAGGACAACAUAAUUGACUGGGCCACUGGCCAAGGUUCGUUUGUUAUCGUGGCGUUGACAGAAGCCGAGGGAUUUGAGGGCAAGUCUGCGGUGCUGAAGGCUUUGAAGAAGGAAAAGAAGAAGCUUGAGGCUGCCGCCAACCCUCCAGGUAGUGCUGAGGCAGAGACGAAGGCUAAGAAGCAAAAGAAGGGCGAUAAGACCCAAAACACCCCCAGAGGGAACGCUGGUGCGAGGAUCUUGCUGGAGAAGUUAUAG